AUGGAUGCCGAUUAUACAUUAGCCGAACAAAAACCAGGCUAUCCAGGACCUGCAUCAGGCAACGUACCUAUUGUUCGUUUGUAUGGUGUUACUGAAGAAGGGUUCUCUGUGGCAUGUCACGUCAGAGGUUAUACACCUUACUUUUAUAUUGAACAACCAGAAAAUUUCAAUCCUGAUCAAUGUAGAAACUUUGCACAAUUUUUGAAUGCUAGAAUGUCCGAACGAGGUAUCAAGAAGGCAGGUAAAGUUGACGAAUAUGUUGUGAAUGUUAGUAUUGAAAAGAAGAAGAGUUUGAUGCAUUAUGCAUUUGAUACCAAAAAAUCAUUUUUAAGAAUUGAAGCUAGUAUCCCUCCUAUGGUUCCUCACAUUAGAGAAUUCCUUGAAAAGGGUUUUAACGUUCCUGGUAUUGGGUUUAGAAAAUUCCUCACAUAUGAAAGUAACGUUCUGUUUGUUUUACGUUGCAUGAUUGAUUCGAAUAUUUUUGGUGCUAAUUGGGUAGAGCUUCCAGCAGGUACAUACAAGUGGAGAAAUGAAAAUGAUAAGACUAGUCAUGCUCAAAUUGAAGUUGAUAUUUCAUAUGAAGAUUUAAUAAGUCAUGCCCCAACAGAAGAAGGCUGGCACAAGAUUGCACCUCUCAGAACUCUUUCAUUUGAUAUUGAAUGUAAAGGUAAAGAUGGUCACUUUCCUCAAGCUGAAUCAGAUCCUGUAAUUGUUAUUUCCAAUUAUGUUACUGUUCAAGGUAAAUCAGAACCACUCAUCAAGAAUAUUUUGUGUUUAGGAGAUUGUGCACCAAUAGUUGGUGUAGAAAUCCAUUGUUUCAAGACUGAAAAAGAAAUGUUAGAAACUUGGAGAAAUUUCGUUAUUGGUAUCGAUCCUGAUAUUAUUACAGGUUACAACGUUAUUAACUUUGACUUACCUUAUUUAAUUAACAGAGCCAAAGCUUUAAAGUCUGGUUCCUUCCCAUUCCUUGGUCGUAUUGCUGGUAAGAGAUCUCAAAUGAAAAAUAGUACCUUUUCUUCAAAAGCAUACGGUACCAGAGAAAGUAAGGAUAUUAAUAUUGAAGGUAGAAUCCAACUCGACGUUAUGCAAGCAAUUCAAAGAGACCACAAACUUUCCUCAUACACUUUGAACUCGGUAUCAGCUCAUUUCCUUGGUGAUCAAAAAGAAGAAGUUCACCACUCUAUUAUUUCUACACUUCAUGAGGGUAGUGAUGAAGAUAGAAGAAGAUUAGCUUCAUACUGUCUUAAAGAUGCUUUCCUUCCAAUUAGACUUUUGGAGAAAUUGUUGAUUAUUAUUAAUUAUAUUGAAAUGGCUCGUGUUACUGGCAUUCCAGUUUCUUUUAUUUUAAAGAGAGGUCAGCAAAUUAAGGUUAUUUCUCAAUUGUUGAGAAAAGCUAAGAAGGAAGAAUAUUUAAUGCCAACUAUUUCUAAAAGUGGAAAGAAGGAAUCACUUGAUGAAGAAGGUGAAACAUCAGAAGAGACUUAUGAAGGUGGUUUCGUUUUGUCACCAAAAACUGGCUAUUAUGACAUUCCAAUCACAACUCUUGACUUUGCUUCUCUGUAUCCAUCCAUUAUGAUUGCUCACAAUUUAUGUUAUACUACCCUCUUAAAGAAAGAAGAUUUGGCCAAAUUGAGUGAAGAUCAAUAUGUAAAAACUCCUAGUGGUGACUAUUUUAUCAAGAGAGAAGUUCAACAAGGUUUACUUCCACUUGUUUUAGAAGAACUCUUACAGGCAAGAAAACAAGCUAAAAAGGAUAUGGACAAGGCAACCGAUCCUCUUGAAAAGGCUGUUAUGAAUGGUAGACAGCUUGCCUUGAAGAUCAGUGCCAACUCUGUGUACGGUUUCACUGGUGCCCAAGUCGGUAUGCUUCCUUGUCUUGAAAUUUCACAAUCUGUAACUUCUUUUGGUAGAGAAAUGAUUCAACACACAAAGGAAAUGGUUGAAGAAAAUUAUACUAUUAAGAAUGGUUAUGAAACUAAUGCUGUUGUUAUUUAUGGUGACACAGACUCUGUCAUGGUAAAGUUUGGUACAAAGGAUAUCAGGAAAGCGAUGGAACUUGGUCUUCAUGCUUCUCAAGAAAUUUCAAAGACUUUUGUCAAACCCAUCAAACUUGAAUUUGAAAAAGUUUAUUAUCCAUAUUUACUUUUGUCCAAGAAGAGAUAUGCUGGUUUGUUGUGGACAAAACCAGAAAAGUUCGAUAAGAUGGACGCUAAGGGUAUUGUCACAGUCAGAAGAGACAACUGUGCCUUGGUGAGAAACCUUGUAAAUACUUGCCUCCAUUUAAUUUUGAUUAAGAGGAGUAUUGAAUCUGCUGUAAAUUAUGCCAAAUCAGUAAUUUCUGAUCUGUUGAUGAACAGAAUGGAUAUCAGUAUGCUGGUUAUUACAAAAGCUCUAGUCAAGAAGAGUGAUAAAUACAAAGCUAAACAAUCUCACGUUGAGCUUGCAGAAAGAAUGAGUAAGAGAGAUCCUUUAACUGCACCUCGUGUCGGUGACAGAAUUCCAUAUGUUAUAGUUAAAGCUCACAAAGGUGCUAAAGCUUAUGAAAAGAGUGAAGAUCCUAUCUGGGUUUUAGAAAAUAGUAUUCCAAUCGAUGCACAAUAUUACUUGGAACAUCAAAUUAAGAAACCUCUCGAACAAAUUUUCCAACCUAUUAUUGAUAACACACAAUCACUCUUUAGUGGUGAUCACACCAGACAAAUUGCAGUACCAACACCUUCCAAAGGAGGUAUUAUGAAGUUUGCUCAAAAGCAAUUAAGAUGUCUUGGAUGUAAAGUUGUUCUUCCAAAGAAUGGUGGUACAACAAUUUGUUCUGAUUGUUCUCAAAAAGGUGUAGCUCCAAAAAUUUAUGAAUCUGCCAUCAAUAAGAGAAACCACUAUGAAGAUAUUUACAGUAGAGUUUGGACUCACUGCCAAAGAUGCCAAGGUAGUUUGCACUCUGAUGUUCUUUGUACAAAUAGAGAUUGUCCAGUCUUUUAUAUGAGAAAGAAAGUACAAAAAGAAUUGGCAGACAAUCAAGAAAUUCUUAACCGAUUCGAUGAAGAAGUUAUUCAUGAUUUUUAA